CUCUCUCUCUCUCUGUCUCUCUCUCUCUCUCUCUCUCUUGAUAAAUUUCUCCACAGCAACUCUCUUCGAAGAUUUGCUGAUCACACAGCCACAUGACUCUCAUGACGCCUUCCCCUUUAGACGUAAUUACCCACGAAUACUUCAUACGCAUAUAUAUCUGUAUAUCUCUGUACUAUACCAACUUUGCUCUUCGUAUUUUUUUCCACACGCACUAUCUCUAUAUGCAUCUGUACGAGCACUGUACAAUUUUGAUGUUCGAGUUGGUUUACGAUUUGGGCUGGUCCUGAAUUUCGAGCAAGAGGAUGAUGAGAUGCUAGUGCCGCAUUCAGAUUUGGCACCAAACGGACCUCAACCCAUGGAAGUUGUGCCUGCAGAAGCCGCUAAUGCAGUGGAUACUCAUACAGUUGAUGAUCCACCGUCGGCACGGUUCACAUGGACAAUUGAAAAUUUUACGAGGUUGAAUACUAAGAAGCUCUACUCUGAGAUUUUCCUUGUUGGAGGAUAUAAAUGGAGGGUGCUCAUAUUCCCAAAAGGGAACAACGUGGAACAUCUGUCAAUGUAUCUAGAUGUUGCAGAUUCGGCUACUUUGCCAUAUGGGUGGAGUAGAUAUGCUCAAUUCAGCUUAGCUGUGAUCAAUCAUCAUACUACCAAGUUUACAGUUAGGAAAGACACGCAACACCAGUUCAACGCCCGAGAAAGCGAUUGGGGUUUCACUUCUUUCAUGCCUCUUAGUGAACUGUAUGACCCCACUAGAGGUUACCUGGUGAAUGAUACUGUUGUAGUUGAAGCUGAUGUUGCUGUUCGUAAGGUUGUUGAUUACUGGUCACACGACUCAAAAAAAGAGACUGGUUAUGUUGGGCUUAAAAACCAAGGAGCUACUUGCUACAUGAACUCUCUCCUUCAGACAUUGUACCAUAUUCCUUAUUUCAGAAAGGCAGUGUAUCAUAUGCCGACAACCGAGAAUGAUAUGCCGUCUGGGAGCAUUCCUUUGGCUUUGCAGAGUUUAUUCUAUAAGCUUCAGUAUAGCGACACUAGUGUAGCAACCAAAGAGUUGACAAAAUCUUUUGGAUGGGAUACGUAUGAUUCUUUCAUGCAGCACGAUGUGCAAGAGCUUAACAGGGUCCUUUGUGAAAAACUUGAAGAUAAGAUGAAGGGAACUGUUGUGGAGGGUACAAUACAGCAGUUAUUUGAAGGUCACCACAUGAACUAUAUAGAAUGUAUCAAUGUGGACUACAAAUCAACCAGAAAGGAAUCAUUUUAUGAUCUUCAGCUUGAUGUAAAGGGAUGCCGUGAUGUUUAUGCUUCUUUUGAUAAGUAUGUGGAGGUGGAACGUCUUGAGGGUGAUAACAAGUAUCAUGCAGAACAGUAUGGGUUACAGGAAGCAAGGAAGGGUGUCCUGUUCAUUGACUUUCCCCCGGUUCUUCAACUUCAGUUAAAGCGGUUUGAGUAUGAUUUCAUGCGGGAUACCAUGGUAAAGAUAAAUGACCGGUAUGAGUUCCCUCUACAACUAGAUCUUGACGUAGAGAAUGGAAAAUAUUUGUCGCCUGAUGCAGAUAGGACUGUUCGCAACUUGUAUACACUUCACAGUGUUCUGGUACACAGUGGUGGGGUGCACGGUGGACAUUAUUAUGCUUAUAUCCGGCCAACCCUCUCUGAUCAGUGGUUUAAAUUUGAUGAUGAACGGGUAACAAAAGAAGAUAUAAAAAGGGCCUUGGAGGAGCAAUAUGGUGGUGAGGAAGAGCUACCACAGACAAACCCUGGGUUCAACAACUCUCCAUUCAAGUUUACAAAGUAUUCUAAUGCAUACAUGCUUGUCUACAUACGUGAAAGUGACAAGGACAAAAUAAUAUGUAAUGUGGAUGAAAAAGACAUAGCGGAACACCUUAGGAUAAGGUUGAAGAAAGAACAAGAAGAGAAGGAGCAAAAAAGAAAAGAAAAAGCAGAGGCACAUCUCUACACUAUCAUAAAGGUUGCUCGCAACGAGGAUCUUCUUGAACAGAUUGGACGGGAUAUUUAUUUUGAUCUUGUGGAUCAUGACAAAGUUCGUAGUUUCCGUAUUCAAAAACAAAUGCCUUUCAACCUUUUCAAGGAGGAAGUUGCCAAAGAGCUUGGUAUACCGAUACAAUGUCAACGUUUCUGGUUGUGGGCAAAGCGUCAAAACCACACAUACCGCCCGAAUCGCCCAUUGACACCGCAAGAGGAAGCUCAAUCUGUUGGACAAUUGAGAGAGGUAUCCAAUAAGGCAAAUAAUGCAGAGCUAAAAUUGUUUUUGGAAGUGGAACCUGGACAGGAUUUGCGGCCAAUUCCUCCUCCAAUCAAGAGCAAAGAGGACAUUCUUCUAUUUUUCAAGCAUUAUGACCCUUUGAAAGAGGAGCUCCGUUAUGUUGGGCGGCUUCUUGUGAAAGCCAAUGGAAAGCCGGUGGAAAUAUUGACAAAGCUAAAUGAGUUGGCUGGAUUUUCUCCGGAUGAAGAAGUUGAACUCUUUGAGGAAAUAAAAUUUGAACCUACUGUGAUGUGUGAACGCAUCGACAAGAAGCUUACUUUUCGGGGUAGUCAGCUUGAAGAUGGUGACAUCAUUUGCUUUCAGAAAGCUCCUCAAGUUGGAAGCAGCGAGCAAUGUCGCUACCCUGAUGUUCCGUCAUUUCUAGAAUAUGUGCAUAAUCGGCAGGUUGUUCGCUUCCGUUCUUUGGAGAAACCCAAGGAGGAUGAGUUUUUUCUUGAAUUAUCGAAGCUUCACAAUUAUGACGAUGUUGUUGAAAGAGUUGCCCGCCAUCUUGGCCUGAAUGAUCCAUCAAAAAUAAGGCUUACAGCUCAUAACUGCUACUCCCAGCAACCUAAGCCACAGCCAAUCAAGUAUCGAGGAGUGGAACAUCUAUCAGACAUGCUAGUUCACUACAAUCAGACUUCCGAUGUUCUUUACUAUGAGGUAUUAGAUAUCCCUCUACCAGAACUGCAAGGCCUGAAAACUCUAAAGGUUGCUUUCCAUCAUUCUACCAAGGAUGAAGUUGUAAUUCAUACGAUUAGAUUGCCAAAACAAAGCACUGUUGGCGAUGUUAUUAUUGACCUUAAGACAAAGGUUGAGUUGUCUCAUCCAAGUGCAGAACUUAGAUUGCUUGAAGUUUUCUAUCAUAAGAUCUAUAAGAUUUUCCCACUCAAUGAAAAGAUUGAGAACAUUAAUGAUCAGUACUGGACAUUACGUGCAGAGGAGAUCCCAGAGGAGGAGAAGAACCUUGGUCCACAUGACCGUCUUAUUCAUGUUUAUCAUUUCAUGAAAGAUACAGCUCAGAACCAAGUGCAGGUCCAGAAUUUUGGGGAACCUUUUUUCCUUGUCAUCCGUGAGGGUGAGACGUUGGCUGAAGUCAAAGUACGCAUACAGAAGAAACUGCAGGUUCCUGAUGAAGAGUUUUCGAAGUGGAAGUUUGCGUUUUUAUCUUUGGGUCGUCCUGAUUACCUUCAAGACUCAGACAUCGUCUCUAGUCGUUUUCAGAGAAGGGAUGUUUAUGGUGCUUGGGAACAGUACCUCGGGUUGGAGCACUCUGACAAUACUCCUAAGAGGUCAUAUGCAGCAAAUCAGGUAUUUAAAUACCUUAAAAUUUCUUUAACAAGCAUUAUUACAGCCUUACAGGUUUAGUGACAUGUUCAAAAAUCAGGGAGAUGUUAUCAACUGAGGUUGGCUAUGUGACACAUCCCUAUGAUGUUGGAUAUUUAGGGUGUGUUUGUAGCAAAGGAAAGAAUGGAAGUAUGAUUUCCCUUCUUUCGUUUGCUUUGUAGCUUAGGAGAAAAGAAGAAAUAAAACUGAACGGAAUAUACGUAGAAAGUUAUUUCCUUCACGCUUCCCUUGAAUUCUCUACGUCUUUAUUAUUUUCUUCACGGUUCUCUUGAAUUCUCUACUUCUUUAUUAUUUUCUUCACGCUUCCCUUGAAUUCUCUACGUCUUUAUUUACCUAUUCUUCUUUGCUAGUUCAAGGUUCUGUUUGGAACUUAAGAAUGGAAAUGGAAAGGUACUAAGAAGAAUUUUCCAUUUGAAUUUUUUGUUUUUAACAUUUUAUUCUCUUCCUUUUCUUCUUUUUAUCUUUGCUUAAAAUCGAACUUGUGGAAGUUUAUUUCUCCACAACUUGCCCUCUCUUCUUUGCGAAACCAAAUGCACAAAAUAACUGUUUUCCAGGAAAAUUUCUUUUUCCAUUCCUUUGUCUUCCUUGCGAAACCAAAUAUAGAAAGAUAACUAUUUUGCCGGAAAAUUUUCCCGUUCCUUUCUCUUAUUUUCUCCUUCCUUUGUAUCCCCCUUCCACAAGUCCCGAACGCACAGCCUUGUUAUCAAUAUUGGCAGACGCUGAUUUAUGUAUUAGUUGGUUCCCUCUGCUAAGGUCAUUCGAGAGUUGUAGUGACCACCUUAAAUUUGCAGAAUCGACAUACAUUUGAGAAGCCAGUGAGAAUUUACAACUAGCAUGAUGCUUGCUGAAUCUCCACCAGUUCAUGGGCUGAACCUCAUAACCGUCCAAUGGCAUAUGUGGCUUUGUGAAGAAAGCAGCAGCAUCAGAAAAGAAGCUGGCAGCGAGAUAGCUCGAGGUCUAGUUCUUGCCUCAAUAGAUGUGUAUUUUCUAAUACAGGGGUGGCGUAGCAUAUGCAGUAUAUCCUUCAUAGGUUGGAUUUCCCUGGUCUUUCACAACCCCCCGUGCCAGGGUGAGGUAAUUAGGUGGUUACCCGUUUUAGUUCCAUUUGUAAUUUAGGAAUAUAUUAGAUUUUGGGUCGAGUGAUGUAUAGGGGGUAUAGGUAUGUGUUUUAACAUUCUUUUUCUUGUGUGUCUGAUCCUUUUGUAGUUUAUCUUCUGUGCAUUACUAAAUCGGAGAGGAAGGGGAUUGGGGUGGCGUUUAUAGUUUUCAAUUCCAUUAUUGUUUCUGGGGUUUCCCAGAUCCCUGCAAAAGAAA